AUGUGCGACAAUAUACGAGGCAACCCAUUUGCCGGAUUAUUUUCUACAGAUAAUGAUGCUGUAUCAUUCUCUUCGCAGCAUACGAUUGGCAAUGAAGCCAAUGAUGCAGAUUACGUGGAACAAUCGUUGGACGCGAUUAAAGACAAAUCUGAGAAUGCGAAAUCUACGAAUUUUGAUGACAAAGUCGAUCAACUUGUGGCACAUGUGUUCGGUUUAACGUUACGUCGAGAUAACAAUAGUUGUGCGCAAAGCUCUCUGGUGUAUAUUGACGCUGACUCGAUAGAACAUGCCGUUUUCGAGCGUCUGAUGUUGCCAAAUCCUAAACCUAAAACGCAGGAUGUGGAUAGUCAUGUUGUUGAAACACAGGUUAUAACUUACCUGUAUGAAUGCUAUUGUCGUUUAAAGCACUAUCAAAUAAACAGUGAUCUCGAAAAAAUUAUAAGAAAUGCUUGUCAAAUUGUACUGCAAAAUGCCAACACAGCUUUACAAGAACCAGAUUUGUUUCAGAAUCAAGAGGUUCACAGCCAAUUUGUUGCUUUGUUUACGAAUGAUGCUAUGUGCAAGUCAGAAUUGUUAUUAUUUAUUAAUGGCAUAGUAGAAGAAUUGAUAGUCACAAAUAAAGAAAGCGAUGUAGAAGACAUAAUUACAAAAUCAUUUUCUCCUGUUCUUGAUAUUAUUCAUAAGGAAGCAGCUCAGAGCAAUCUGUUUACUUUUCGCCAACAGUGGUUUGCUCUAUUGAAUGCAUUUUCUACUAUUGAUCCAUUGGCAAAAUUGAUAAUUCAUCAUAGCACACCAAAAAAUAAUCAGGGUUGUGCAUAUUCCGACACAUUAUUGGGUGCACUCUUCAACAUAAGCUGUUUACCAAAAACACCUAAAGAUCCAUAUAAUCUCUUCGAUAAACCUUUACAGCAAUCAAAUACGGUCAUGGAGGGUACAGUAUGGACAACGAUGGACAGUUUAAGUGAAGCUCUACACAAGGUUUUUCAUUCCUUGUUGAGAUGUUCGACGAACGUUCGUCACUUGACUUUGCAAUGGUUGGGUAAUUGCCUCCACGCGAAUGCAAAUAGAGGAAAACUUUGGAACUCUCAUAUGGAGAUGGGAUUACUAGGGGUACUGUGCGUGUCGGAUGGUUUUAUGCUGAAUGUGGGCAAUGUACUGUUACGACUUUGUCAACCAUUUUGUGCUAAAUUGAAUGAUGCUAAAGUACCGAAGAUAGAUCCUACAUACUGUAGUGCAGAGGCAAAUAAUGAAACUGAGAGUCUGCAACGUGGUAUACAUAUGAAAGGAUUAAAUUCAGAAACAUGUUUAAUACCAACUCCAGAGGAUGAAAGUCGACCAAUGUCAGAUUCGUUCGGAUUUAUAACAGAGUGCUUUUUCCUUACACAUCGUGCAUUAGAUCUUGGUUACAGAGUUAUCCUGGACAAAUUUUUAAAAGCAAAUCAAGAUUUGGCUAGGAUACAAAGAGCUUACAACGAUGCUCGAACUGGUGGCAGUUCAGAGGUGCUAGAACUCAUAUCACAACGAAUGGAAGCUGAGAUGAUAAAGUAUCUAUCUCUUAAAGCGAGUCUAUUAGUACCGGAAAUGUUGUGUCAUUUGUCGAAAUUUCAUGCAAUGACGGCGUUUUGGUUAAUACAAGUCAAUUUAUAUGUUAUAACCGAAGAAGGGAAUAAACAAAGUUUCGUACCAACACAUUAUACACCUGUUACAUUCCCGUUAUCAGAAACUGUUCCAAUUACAUUAAGAUGCAUUCCUGAGUUCGUAGUAGAGAAUACCAUUGGAUUCUUGUGUUUUUUACGUCGUUUAUGUCCAAACACGUUCGAGGAACAGGGUGCGAGUUUUCUGAAUCCGAUCUUGACGGAAAUUAUAGUUUUGAUGGAGUCUCAGCAUCGUCUUUACAAUCCGCAUCUACGCGCCCGUUUAGCCGAAAGUCUGGAGGCGCUUUUACCAAUUGUAGACGAAAAUGUUGCUCCCGGGACUCCAAACUUAGGAACAUUCCAUAGGGAACAAUUGUUUCUUAUUCAUCCACACAGACAGCAGAUAAUUGUCAACUUACUGCAUGUGUUUGUAAGUAUUGAGAUGACUGGGCAAAGUGUACAGUUUGAACAAAAAUUCAAUUAUCGUCGUCCAAUGUACAUUGUUAUGGACUAUUUAUGGAAACUUGCCGAGCAUCGUAAUAAUUUUAUUACUUUAGCUCAAGAAGCUGAGAGCAAUAUGGAAGCUGUCCAACCACCUUUGUUUCUACGUUUUAUUAAUUUAUUAAUGAAUGAUGCUGUAUUCCUCCUGGACGAAGCCUUAUCGAAUAUGGCACAGUUGCGACAAAUGCUUCAGGCUAGAGAAAGCGGAGAAUGGAAUAAAUUGCCACCAAAUGAACGCGAACAACAGACAGCGUAUCUUCAGCAUAUUGGUAUGAUUGCUCGCUUUGAUAAUAUUCUGGGUAGGAAAACUAUACAAACGAUAAAAAUGUUGACUACCGAAAUAAAAUCAAUAUUUUGCCAUCCAACGAUGGUGGAUCGUAUUGCUUCUAUGCUCAAUUACUUAUUACUGCAGUUAGUAGGACCGAAUAAAAAAAAUCUUAAGGUGAACGAUCAAAAAGAAUACGCAUUCAAUCCUGCAAAUUUAGUGUUAAAUAUAUGUGAAAUUUACAUUAAUCUGAGUAAAAGUGAAAGCUUUACACUUGCCGUAUCUCAAGAUGGUCGUUCUUAUAGUCCAGAAUUAUUUAAACUUGCAGAUAAUGUUCUCGUUCGUAUCGGUGGUGUGGGAAUCUUGGGAGAUUUGGAUCAAUUUGCAAAAAGCGUGGAAGAGGCUGCAAAUCAAAAGCGAGAGGAAGAUGAGAUUUUGACAGGUGUUCCCGAUGAAUUCUUAGAUCCAAUUAUGUCAACUGUCAUGGCAGAUCCUGUUAUUUUGCCAUCGUCGAAAAUAACUAUUGAUCGUCAGACUAUAGCAAGGCAUUUGCUAAGUGAUCAAACUGAUCCUUUUAAUCGAUCUCCACUUACAAUGGAUAUGGUAAAAUCAAAUGUUGAACUUCAACAGAAGAUACAAGAUUGGAUUUCACAGAAAAAACUGGAGAAAGCAUCAAAGGCUAAUACAUAAUUUAUCGUCAAUUGCAUCACGAUAGAACAAUAUUAAAAUUUAUACAGUUUCUAAGGCAAAUUGUAGAUCAUAUGAAAUACAUCGAUGAUAAUCUUACAGUUGCUAAAGUUCAGAUUCAUGGCAAUUAGCGAAUCCGUGAAACGAAAAAUACAUUCAUAUUUCAUAUAUAUUAUCGUGUUUUAUCGUGUGUUCGGGAUUUUACUACUCGCCGACAUUCGAUUUGUCCACAAUAAAAAUAGGCAAGUAAAAAAAGCAAUUUUGUAUACAUUUGCAAUGUAAUUAUGUACAGGGUUAUAAACAAGUUUAGAGUUAUGACAGUGUAAUAUCAAUAAUUACUGGUUGAUAUAAAAUAUUAUUCAUAUACAUAGAUGCCACAGA